AUGUCUGACCCCGUUGAAAACGUUGCUGAACAGCUCCAGGACACUUCCAUCGCCCCCUCCGCCGCCUCCAAGGCCGUGGAGCAGAACAUCACUCCCUGGGACGUGGAAGGAGCCGUGGACGAGUCGGGCAAACAGCAGGCCAUCGACUACGACAAGUUGAUCCAGCAGUUUGGCACGCGCAAGAUCACCGAAGAGACUCUGGCUCGGUUCAAGGAGGUGACGGGCCACGAACCCCAUAUUUUUCUCAAGCGAGGCGUGUUUUUCUCCGAGCGAGAUCUCACCAAGAUUCUGGACCGAUACGAGCAGGGCAAGCCCUUCUUUCUGUACACGGGCCGAGGCCCCUCGUCGGACAGUAUGCAUUUGGGCCACAUGACCCCGUUCGUCUUCACCAAGUGGCUGCAGGACGUGUUUGAUGUGCCCCUGGUGAUUGAGCUGACGGACGACGAAAAGUUUCUGUUCAAGCCCAAACUCAAGAUUGAGGACGUCAAGAAGUUUGCCGUUGAGAACGCCAAGGACAUUAUCGCCUGCGGGUUCGACAUGAACAAGACCUUCAUCUUCUCGGAUCUGCAGUACAUGGGAGGUCCCUUCUACGAGAAUGUCGUGCGGGUGUCUCGUCAGAUCACCACAUCCACCGCCAAGGCCGUGUUCGGCUUCCAGGACUCGGAUUGCAUCGGAAAGGUGCAUUUCGCCUCCAUCCAGAUUGCCACGGCUUUCUCCAACUCCUUCCCCACGAUUUUUGGUGACAAAAAGGACAUCCCCUGUCUGAUCCCCUGUGCCAUCGACCAGGAUCCUUACUUCCGAGUAUGUCGAGAUGUGGCGUCCAAGCUCAAGUACCCCAAGCCAUCGCUGAUCCACGCCAAGUUCUUCCCAGCUCUGCAGGGAUCCACCACCAAGAUGUCGGCCUCCGACGACACAUCGGCCAUCUUCAUGACCGACACGGCCAACCAGAUCAAGAAGAAGAUCAACAAGUACGCAUUUUCCGGCGGUCGAACCACCCUGGCCGAGCAGCAGGAGUUUGGAGGCGACCCCGACGUGGAUGUUGCCUACCAGUACCUCACCUUCUUCCUGGAGGACGACUCCGAGCUCGAGAAGCUGUAUGCCGACUACAAGAGCGGAGCUCUGAUGACUGGCGAUCUUAAGAAGCGGUGCAUUGAAGUGCUGCAGGGCUUUGUGGCCGAGUUCCAGGCCAACCGGGCCAAGGCUACCGACGAGGUUGUCAAGGAGUUCAUGAACCCCAACCGGGAGUUCAAGUGGGGCGAGGUGGAGCGACGGGUGCCUGUGAAGGAGGUUGUUAAGGAGAAGAAGGAGACCAAAUAA